AUGUACCGUGUUGGCAUUACUGCCCUAGCCCUCGCGGCUUUGGCCUCCGCAGCCCCAAUCUCCGAGCCGUCGAAGACCACGGAGCAGAGGGAUUUCGUCGUCCCCGACCCGAACGGCUGGCUCCCAGGACCUGGCAGCCCGCCGCCGCCGACCUUUACUCUCCUACCUCCCAUUACCGGAGGCCUAGAGCCGUCGACUAAGAAACGCCAGGACACCGUCAUAAUCCUCCCACCUAUCACCGGCGGUCUUGACCCUUCCGACAAGAAGAAGCGACAGGACACGAUCGGAAUCGGCGACGGCAGCUCUGACCCUGUUAAGGCACACAUCAAGGCUCUAGAGCUCGAGUAUGAGGCUUUAAUCCACAACUUCGGCACAAACCCACCCAAGCCUGUUGCCAAGCGCAUUGCCUCUAUCAAGGACGAGCUCCUGACCAAGUACGGCAUUAAGAUCAUCCAGUCUCCCGACGGCACCACGACUACCUUCGUACCCGGCAAGCGAAGCGUCGUCGACAACGACUACGUUCCCGGCGGCCCUUUCUUCCCUCUACCGGGCUUCCCCGGUGGUCCGGUCACCCCCGACCCCGUAGUCCCGGGCGGCCCCAUCGAGGUCAGCGACUAG